AUGUGGGGGGCAGCGGUUGCGCGGGCGCCGUGGCUGGUGCUGGCCGCGCUGGCGCUGCUGGUGCGCAGCUCGCAGGCGACUGUCGAGGUCAUGAAAGACGUCACGCUCGGCUUCGGGGAGGCGCUGCAGCACUGCCGGGAGGAAAGUCAGCUGACAGAGGAGAAGAUGGAGGAGUUUUUCCACUUCUGGCGCGAGGACUUCCGCUUCGAGCACCGCGAGCUGGGCUGCGCCAUCAAGUGCAUGAGCCACCACUUCAACCUGCUCACAGACUCGCACCGCAUGCACCACGACAACACGCACCAGUUCAUCAAGUCCUUCCCCAACGGUGAGUUGCUGGCAGCGCAGAUGGUAGCGAUCAUUCACGAUUGCGAGAAGGCGCAGGAGUCUGAGGAGGACCACUGCUGGCGCAUCCUGCGCGUGGCCGAGUGCUUCAAGCAUACGUGCACGCAGCGCGGGCUCGCGCCCAGCAUGGAGGUGCUCAUGGCGGAGUUCAUCAUGGAGGCCGAGGCCAGAUGA